UAUAUAGGUGUUAUAUAUAUAUAUAUAUAUAUAUAUUAGUUUUGCAGUGCCAAAACAAGAAGAAAGAGAGUGAGAAAAAUGGGAGGAAUAUUAUUGAGGGUGGGAAUAUUGUUUACGGUGGUAAUAGUAGUUGGUGUUUGGGAGGUCGGAAUGGCAAAUGGUGAGAUGAGUCCGAGCCAGUGUAAGGAGGAGAGGCGGCUGCUGACUAACGCAUGCAAACCGGUUAUAUUUGGGCAGAAUCCGUCCCGGAAUUGUUGCCAGCGAGUUAGGGUUACCCAUUUUGAGUGUGUGUGCCCCUUCGUUACCCCUAAGGUAGCAGCCCUCAUCGGAUCCGUCAAACGUUUCGUUAAGAAAAUUGAAGGUUGUGGGAGAACUCUCCCUCACAACUUCAAGUGUGGCAGUAUCACUAUUCCGUGAGCUAGAAGGGGAGAGUUCCCUAUCAGCUGGACUAUAUGAUAUUCUUAUUGAAUAUAUAUAUAUAUAUAUAUAUAUAUAUAUAUAUAUAUAUGGUUAAGUACUCAUGUUUAUGAGUUAUGUACCAAUAUGUAUGAUUGUGUUUGAGAAAGAGACAGAGAAUGCGUCUUGCACUUAUGUUGAAUGCAGUUAAUAUAAAUUUUGUAACAUUUUCUGAUUUUUUUUGAUAGUCGUCAAUUAAAAGGAACCAUUUUUGUAAUUUUUGUUAUAGCUAUUGCAGCCGCUGAAGCAGCUAUUGGACUGGCUAUUGUUUCGUCAAUUUAUCGUAAUUGAAAAUCAACUUGUAUCAACCAAUCGAAUUUGUUGAAUAAGUAAAGGUAGUAUUAAUUAUAUAAA